AUGGCGCUGUUUUCAGCAGCAGCAAAAGGAGACUUCCUGAAGAUACAAUCAUUAAUCGACUCGGAGGACAAGUCAGAGGAUUCGGGAGGAGUUGAUGUAAACUGCUCGGAUAAGUCUGGCCAGACACUCCUUCACAUUGCUUCGGAAAACGGACAUUUGCAAACGGUUAAAUGCCUUACCCAUCAUGGAGCAAAAGUGAAUGUAGUCGAUGCUAACCUACAGACAUCGGUUCACUUAUGCUCAAUGAAAGGCCAUCUUCAUGUGGUAGAGCUGUUAGCGAACGAAGGAGCAGAUCUUGAUGUUGGUGACAAAGAUGGGUUUACAGCUCUUCACAUAGCAUCAGUCGAAGGCCAUCUCGAAGUCGUCCAGUAUAUCGUUAACAAAGGAGCAGGUAUCGAAAUUGGUGAUAAAUAUGGGAUAACUGCUCUUCACAUAGCUUCACUCAAGGGUCAUCUUGCUAUUGUCAAAUACCUUGUUAGGAAAGGUGCUGACCCGGGAAAACUUGCUAAUGAAGAGGACCACUAUGACUACCUUCGCAGUAUUUUUGGUAGUGGGGCUUUACCUAGCUAUAUGCCCCCAUACUCCCGAACAUACGAUCCAUAUCUUACCAGUCCACAAGACAUCUCUCGCUCCUCGAGGAAGAGCAUCAGAGAAGAGACAAUGAUUAUAAGUCUCGACGAGUACAGCAUCAAGGUUUUACUUUCACCAGAAGAUGUGGACAGAGCCAAAUAUAUCACAGCAGAAGCAUUGACAACCGUUCCACAUGACUUAAACCUGGAAAAAGACGAAGUUAUCAUCUCAGUUGGGCUCAAGCUAUCCCCUCCUGGUCUUCAGUUUAAAACUCCGGUGGAAGUCACGGUCUCACAUAGCGCUAUUUUCACCAACCCAGACAAGGCAGAAAUUAUGCUAUACACCCGAAGGACUGAGUCUGAUGAAUUUGCAAGGAUAGUUCCUGCUUCUGACAAAGCUGCCCGGUGUGUAGUCGCAAAUAAUCACCUUACUCUGUACUUAGACCAUUUCUCGGAAUGGUGGAUUAUCUCCUUAAUCAGGAGAUACUUCAUCGGUAAACGGCUCAUCUGUACGCCAUACGUUCCCCUGUCAACAUCCAGAGACGUCAUGAACUACAUCUUGCUCAAUAUUAAAGACGACAUCUGCGGCAUGAAAGAGGUAGAUUUAUCAUGA